GCACUCCGGCCGGGCUCUGCUGGCUGCGGCGGGAGCGGGAGCCCGAGGUGGCAGCGGCGCUGGCACAGUGAACCAUGGAGCUGUAUUUCGGAGAAUAUCAACAUGUGCAGCAGGAGUACGGGGUCCAUCUGAGACUUGCAAGUGAUGAAACCAAAAGAUCAAGGAAUUCGCAGCACGCUAAGGCAGGCUCCUAUGGCGUCAGUAUUAGGGUCCAGGGGAUCGACGGCCACCCCUACAUAGUCCUGAAUAACACGGAGCGGUGUCUAGCAGGCACAUCUUUUGCUGAAAAUGGGCCACCAUUUCCAUCUCCAGUGAUAAAUAACCUUGCUCUACAUUCCAGCAACGGUCCUGUGCUAACGGGGAACAGCGCAGAAUUGCAGCUCCCAGAAAACCCAUAUGCCCAACCCAGCCCAAUAAAAAACCUGAAACAGCCCUCUCUCCACGAGGGCAAGAAUGGAGUUCUAGAUGGCAAAGAUGGGCCAAUGAAGACAUCCCACGUGCUCAACUUUCAGAAGCAUCCAGAGCUUUUGCAGCCUUACAACCCUGAAAAGAAUGAGUUGAACUUACAAAACCACCAACCUCCUGAGAGUAAUUGGCUAAAAACUUUAACGGAAGAAGAUACCAAUGAUAAGAAGCCCUGGACUUGCUUUCCCAAACCUAGCACUUCCCAGCCUACCAGCCCUCCCUUGGAAGACCUAGCCAGAUCCAGUGUGACAGCCAUUCGUUUAUGCAGCUCUGUGGUCAUCGAUGACCCCAAAAAGCACACCUCGGUGUGUGUGAACGUUCAGAGCUGCACCAAGGAGGGUGUGGGAGAAGAGGCCCUUUCCCCUAGCGGGAGACACCUGACUGCCUAUAGCCCACACGCCCACCCCGAAGCCAAGAAAACCAGGCCGGACGUUCUUCCCUUCCGGCGACAAGAUUCCGCGGGACCGGUCCUGGAUGGAGCUCGGUCCCGGAGGUCGUCCUCGUCAUCGACAACUCCCACUUCAGCCACUUCUCUGUACAGGUUUCUACUGGACGAUCAGGACUGUGCCAUCCAUGCUGACAAUGUCAACCGUCAUGAAAAUAGAAGGUAUAUCCCCUUCUUGCCAGGAACUGGGCGGGAUAUCGAUACGGGAUCAAUUCCAGGUGUGGAUCAGUUAAUCGAAAAAUUUGACCAAAAACCUGGACUUCAGAGAAGAGGAAGGUCUGGGAAGCGAAACAGAAUCAGUCCAGAUGACAGGAAAAGAUCCAGAAGUGUGGAUAGUGCCUUUCCGUUCGGUCUCCAGGGGAACUCGGAGUACCUGACUGAAUUUAGUAGGAACUUGGGCAAGUCAAGCGAACACCUCCUCCGGCCAUCCCAGGUGUGCCCGCAGAGGGCACCGUCUCAGGAGCAUCGUGGGAGGCAAAGCGUGGGCCGCACCUUUGCAAAGCUGCAGGGAGCAGCCCACGGCGCUCAGUGUGCCCACCCCAGGCCUCCCCAGCAGAACAAAAGUGGAAAAGUUCUGGAAACCAAAGGUAGUCAGGAAAGUACUUCGAUUCGUGCGUCUUCCCUCCCAGCACAGAGUAAAAAGGAGGAGGAAAUAAAAACAGCCACUGCUACGUUGCUGUUACAGAAUCGGGCCGUAGUGACCUCACCUGAUUCUGGUGCCAAGAAAAUUUCUGUGAAGACUUUUCCUUCCACCUCAAAUACUCAGGCCACACCCGAUCUCUUAAAGGGCCAGCAAGAGCUCACUCAGCAAACCAAUGAGGAGACGGCCAAGCAGAUACUUUACAAUUACCUCAAAGAAGGGAGCACCGAUAAUGAUGAUGCUACUAAAAGGAAGGUCAACUUGGUCUUUGAGAAAAUCCAGACUUUAAAGUCUCGAGCAGCAGGGAAUGCACAAGGAAAUAACCAAGCUUCUAAUUCCUCAUCUGAAAUAAAAGAUCUAUUGGAACAGAAAAACAAGUUGACUGUAGAAGUGGCUGAACUUCAGCAACAGCUUCAACUAGAAGUCAAGAAUCAACAGAACAUCAAAGAAGAGAGGGAGAGAAUGAGAGCAAACCUAGAAGCGCUCCGAAGCCAACAUGACACCAAGGUGGAAGAGAACUCCGUGUUGCAGCAGCGACUAGAGGAAAGUGAAGGGGAGCUCCGCAAGAGCCUGGAGGAUGACCCGGGUGGGGAGAGGGUCGGGGUGCAGAGUGGAGGUGGGGAGGAAGCCGAGGGCUCUGCAGGACGGCCCAGACCUCCGCGGAGUCUGCAGGAGCUCUUACAGGCAAAACAGGAUCUUCAAGAUCUGCUGAUUGCCAAGGAGGAGCAAGAAGAUGUCUUGAGAAAGCGGGAGCGUGAACUCACUGCCCUGAAGGGGGCCCUGAAAGAAGAGGUGUCCAGCCACGACCGGGAGAUGGACAAACUGAAGGAGCAGUACGACGCCGAGCUGCAGGUCCUGCGGGAGAGCGUGGAGGAAGCCACCAAGAAUGUCGAGGUCCUGGCCAGCCGGAGCCAUGCUUCAGAGCAAAACCAGGUGGGGGCCGAAACGCGCGUGAAGCUUCUGCAGGAGGAGAACGAGAAGCUGCAGGGAAGGAUUGGAGAGCUGGAGCGAAGAGUCGCUCAGCUUCAGAGGCAGAUUGAUGACAUGAAAGGCGACGAAGCCAAAGCGAAGGAAACGCUCAAGAAGUACGAGGGAGAAAUACGGCAAUUAGAAGAGGCCCUUGUGCAUGCCAGAAAGGAAGGAAAAGAAGCUGCAUCAGCCAGAAGGGCCCUGGAGAGUGAAUUGGAGGACACUCAGAGGAACCUGAUGCGGACCACCCAGGAGCAGAAGCAGCUGUCGGAGAAGCUGAAAGAGGAGACUGAGCAGAAGGAGCAGCUGAGAAGGCUGAAGACCGAGAUGGAGAGCGAGCGGUGGCACCUUGACAAGACCAUCGAGAAACUGCAGAAGGAGAUGGCCGACAUUGUCGAAGCCUCCCGCACGUCCACACUGGAGCUGCAGAACCAGCUGGAUGAGUACAAGGAGAAAAAUCGCAGGGAGCUCGCAGAAAUGCAAAGGCAGUUGAAGGAGAAAACCCUAGAGGCAGAAAAGUCCCGACUGACAGCCGUGAAAAUGCAGGAGGAGAUGCGUCUGAUGGAAGAAGAGUUACGGGACUACCAGCGAGCGCAGGAUGAAGCGCUCACGAAAAGGCAGCUCCUGGAGCAGACGCUGAAGGACCUGGAGUACGAGCUGGAGGCCAAGACUCACCUCAAAGAUGACCGCGGCAGACUAGUCAAGCAGAUGGAGGACAAGGUGUCUCAACUGGAGAUGGAGCUGGAAGAAGAAAGAAACAACUCGGAUUUGCUGUCUGAGAGGAUCUCCAGGAGCAGGGAGCAGAUGGAGCAGGUGAGGAAUGAGCUGCUUCAGGAGAGAGCCGCGAGGCAAGACCUGGAGUGUGACAAGAUUUCCUUGGAGCGACAGAACAAGGACUUAAAGAGCCGCAUUGUCCACCUGGAAGGUUCCUACAGAUCCAGCAAAGAGGGGCUGGUGGUGCAGAUGGAGGCCAGGAUCGCGGAGCUAGAGGACCGUCUCGAGAGCGAGGAGAGGGACCGGGCCAACCUGCAGCUCAACAACCGGCGGCUGGAGCGGAAAGUGAAGGAGCUGGUGAUGCAGGUGGACGAUGAGCACCUGUCACUGACGGAUCAGAAGGACCAGCUGAGCUUGCGCUUGAAAGCAAUGAAGCGGCAGGUGGAGGAGGCUGAGGAGGAAAUUGACAGACUGGAAAGUUCUAAGAAGAAGCUGCAGAGGGAGCUGGAGGAGCAGAUGGACGUGAACGAGCAGCUGCAGGGGCAGCUCAACUCCAUGAAGAAGGACUUGAGACUUAAGAAGCUGCCCAGCAAAGUGCUGGAUGACAUGGACGACGACGAUGACCUCAGCACAGACCGGGGGAGCCUCUAUGAGGCACCGCUGAGCUACACCUUCCCCAAGGACAGCACUGCCAUCAGCCAGAUCUGAGACUACUUCCAGGGCCGUCGAAGUGGCGUCAUUCCUGGCAGGAGCUCUGCAGCCACCCAGGGCAGGAGGCAGGGAAGGGAGCAUCCGGCUGCAGAGACCCAUUGCCUCCUCUUCACACAGCUUCCCAGUUCCUCAGCGCCACCUUCCUCCCCGGGGUCUCUCAGCAGGGCUCAGGGAGCUGCUGCAGUUUGAAAUGGUCAGAUGCCUGUUGGGGUGUUCUGGAAAACACGCUUUGGUUCUGCACCGCUGUCUGCCGUCCCGUUUGCAUUGCUUCUCCUGCUCGCCUCUCCCUCCUCCUGCCAAGAAAAAGGGUCCAAAAGGCUCAUUGUUACCGAGCAGCCGCUGUGCAGCGGAGGAAGCGGUGCAGAGGUUGUACAUAUGUUAAACCAGCCCCUCUCACGGACGGCUGCUGUCCCGUUUGCAGUGUUACAGAGGCCUCGCGGGUGGCUGGUUUGUGACGUUCACACAUCCGUAUCAAGUAUUCUUUUUUAAAAUAUGAAGCUACUAGAUUUUAAGUAUUAAGGAGCAGAGGUGAGAGAAAGAGAGGGAAAGCACUAAGACCACUUUGGAAACUGGAGUUGGAGAAAGGAAUUGUAGUGAUAAUGGACGAUUAACACUGAGGAUAGAAGUUCAGAUGGUUGGGCAAACGACUCGCCGGCAGAGGGAGAGUCCGAAGGUCUCUGGUCUCUAUGGGGUGUAGCUAUGGCCUUGGUUGCUUAUUUUGUCUAGAAUUUUAUUAUAACUUCUGAAUGAUGCUGAGGCCAAUUCCCAGUCGCCAGUUACAAUUCCUUUACGUGGGGGUGGGGAGGGGGGAGACUUGUCAGUAAGGUUUUUAUCAAAUGCUGUGGUUUCUGGAAGGACAAGGCCCUCUUGCCGUGUCUUGCUGGCCCUGUCCUCCCAUAGGAGGCCUCCCAGCUGUACCCCUGGGGCCCCUGGUGAGGUGGUGGCGGGAUGGGGACUAGGAGGAUGUGGGGGAUGAGGGUCAUGGACGGGCUGAGGUGUGAGGCCGAGGCAGGUCACAGGGGAAGGGAGAUGAGAGGGCACAGGCAGGCAGGUGUGGGUGUGCGGCCGGACAUGAGAAGGAAGCCAGAGAAGUUCUUGAAAGCUGGGGGGAUGUGUCGGCAAGAGGUGCGUUUAGUGGGAUCUCAGGUUUAUGUCAAGGAAGGGAAGGAAUGAAACAGAUGUCAGGCAGAGGUGUGUCCAUGCAAACUCGGGGACUCGUUCCAGCUUCCUGGGACAAAGGGACAUUGCCAGCAGCGGCAACAUGACUGGGAAUCGGUAUGGUCUGGGGACAGGGCCAGGAGGCUGGAGUGGAGUCACAGGGACGGCAACAUUGGGAGGAUGCAGGGUGUCCUGGCACUUCCUCCUGGCCUCCCUGUGUCACCUUGCACCAGGACAAUCCCCAGGCAUGGCCACAGGCCAGGUCCAGUCACAGCUGGGCCUCCACAGGUCAGGGCAGCUCAGUAGGGAAGUGGCCAGGGAGAGGACCCUGUGGGUUGGUUCCGUGUAUGGGGCAGAGAUGGCCGUGUUCAGCUGUGUCACAGUGUCCCCAAGCAUCCCAAUAGACGGGAGCCCUAUGGACUAGAGAACUCCAUGAUAGUUGCCAUGGGGUCCUACCUACCCCGGGUCACAGAGCCCACCUGCAGGAUUCAGAGAGAUCAGCCCAGUUUAAGGGUGGGCGUCUGGAGCCGGAGAGCCAAGCCCUCUUCCCCCUCUGCCCCGGUCACCCUGCCCACAGCUCGGGGCUAUUCUUGCCUCUGCCUUCUCAUUGAGGUGUGGAGAGAUUCCUCCCUUCAGCCAUUCAUUCAUUUAGCAAACACUUUUUGGCACCUAUGAUGUCUCAGGCACAGCCCUUGGCACUGGGAAUACGGCAGUGAAUAAAACAGGUAAACCCCCCCACACACCUGGAGCUGCGUCUGGGGAAGGGGGUGCUAGACAACAAUCAAAGACAUCGACAUGGGCCAACCACCUCUGUGCCCAGCCCUGGAGCCCCUGUGUCCUCUUGGGCACACGAACGACAAGCCUGGCUCACUGGAACUCACAGAGAUUCUUUGACACUCCCCCAAUAUGUUCUUUAUUUGCCUGCGGCUCCCACUAUCAUUAUGUAUUUGCCAAUAACCCUGCCUAGAAAUGCCUCAGCCCCGCCCCUAACCAGAGGUGUGAGAUACUACAGGUCCAGGACCUUUGGGAUGAGUGUCUGCUGGGUGAGAAGGCAGCUGCCCCUCAUUCCGACCAAUUCUGGUAGCCGUGAGGCUGGCUACGGGAAGCAGAACCAUCCGUGCAAAGAGAAGAGAGAUCACCAUUCAAAACACUUGUGUUAUCACCCUAAAAAUAGACUGUUGGAAAUUCUAACGAUCGUGCUAUCCUGCGCUGCCACGGAGCUGGCCGAGGGCUGCAUGGUGCAGUGCGGCAGGCGGGAAGGACACUGGCCUGGAAGUCGAGACAGGGGUUUUCAAGUCCCCACUGGUCUCGCUUCCCUGGUGACCUUGACAGGGCGCUUGCUCACACUCAGAGCCAUGGGUCGCCUGGGACGAGGUGAGGAUUAGGGCCCGAGGUCCUUUCCACAUCUAACAUGAUAUCCUUCUUUGAUUUUAUUAUUAUAUGUACAUUUUUUUUCUGUUUAUUGCUUUAAGAACUAACCUGCUCAAGAGUUUUUUCUUUAGCUAGUUUAAAAAGAAAAAAGUUAUUUUAUGUAUAAACACAUAUGUGGCCAAAUGCAAUGCUGAGAAGACAAUCAUCAUAUAUCUUCUAUAAUUUUUCCCCCCUGCUUCUGAGUAUCAUUCUACAACGCCAAUUGGCUCAUUCUGUUGGGUUUCUGCUUUGGGGUAUGGUUUGGCGGCUUUGCGUUGUCAUGGGGAAGAGACAAUCUUGUUGCAGCUACCUCCAUGUGAGUGAUUCCUGGAUAAAGCAAGAUUUACUUUCAAUAAACUCUGUCACCCAA